CGAAAGUCAAAAACAGAGACGGUGUCGUAUUAGUAAUCAACCACGUAAACCCCUCCAAAAAGAAAAAUGGUUGCUUAUUACAAUCAAACCUAAAACAAAGUCUAGUACUUGAAGCAACAGCGAAGAAAAAAAGCUAUUCCUUUCCAACACGCUUCUAAUUCCCAAAAAUUCUGGAUUUCACCACUCUUCAGGAUUGUACACAACAUUUCCUUUUUCAUUCUUCCCCUUUUUCUCCUUUUUCUUUUUUCUUUUGUUUCCUACAAGCCUCAUAUUUCUUCCUCCCCUAAGAUUCCUCUGUGUUUUUUUAUCUUUCAAACCGAUCACAAACCCUCCCUAAUUUCUGGAGCUAAUCUGUUGGAGAAGAUGAGGGUUUUGACUAGUAAUUCUUCUCCUCUUCUUGUUCCUUCUUCAAACCCUUAUCAGGAUUCUUCUUCUCUCUUCCUCUGUAAACGCAAAUCCAAGGAGAAAAACCACAGAAUGGUUCCUAUGGCGAGAUUGUUUGGGCCAGCCAUAUUUGAAGCUUCGAAGCUAAAGGUUCUGUUUUUAGGGGUGGAUGAGAAGAAACAUCCAGGCAAAUUUCCAAGGACUUAUACGCUUACACAUAGUGAUAUUACUUCUAAACUUACUCUUGCCAUUUCUCAAUCCAUUAACAAUUCUCAGUUACAAGGAUGGUAUAAUUGGCUUCAAAGGGAUGAAGUGGUAGCAGAAUGGAAGAAAGUACAGGGGAAAAUGUCCCUUCAUGUUCAUUGUCAUAUCAGUGGUGGCCAUUUUCUUCUAGAUCUCUGUGCUAAUCUCCGAUACUUCAUCUUUCGCAGAGAACUUCCUGUGGUGCUGAAUGCUUUCGUCCAUGGAGAUGUGGACUUGUUCAAGAAUUACCCAGAGCUACAAGAGGCUAUGGUUUGGGUUUAUUUCCACUCCAAAAUUCCGGAAUUCAACAAAGUAGAAUGCUGGGGCCCACUAAAGGAUCCAGCCCCACCUUCAAGUGGGCUUGAUGGGCGGCCCAAAUCAGAUGAGCCCAUGUGGGAAUUGAGCCGGAUGGAGCGGCCCAAACCUUGCCAAGAAGACUGCAAUUGUUGCUUCCCAACCAUCCCUUCCAUUUCAUGGUCCCCCAAGAACAGUGAGUUGGAGAGCACGUGAUUGAUUUUAUUUGGCUCCCCCUUAAAUGUAAAUAGUUAAUAUCAAUAUUUGUUGUUAUUAUAUAAUAUAACAUCCAUUCCUAUUCCUCCAA